AUGCGCCCCGCGCUCUCAGGCCCCGGUGCCGGCCCCCGGCCGCUGCAGCGCGCUUACCUGGGGUCAGGUACGCUGGGGGGCGAUAGGGUGCUGCGAGAGGGCGGAGAGGGGGAGGAGGGCGUGGAGGGCGGUGGCUGGUCCAGCAGCAGGGAUGAUGACAGUGCUUCCAUGUGCGGGGAGGAGGGCAGGUACUGGGCGCAUGUGCGCAUGCAGCAGCAAGCCAUGGCGUCUGGUGGUGCAUUGGAGCAGGGAGCGAGUAUAGAGGGGCCCCCCGCUGGGCUGGUGGCAUGGCAGGACACGGGCGAGGGCAUCCCGUUGAGUGCGCAGAAGAGCAUUUUCAAGCGCUUUGUGCAGGCGGACGCCAGCAGCACGCGCACGCAUGGUGGCACGGGCAUCGGGCUGACCAUCUCACGGCACCUGGUGCACCUCAUGGGCGGCAAGCUCAGCUUCGUGAGCAGCCCUGGCAUCGGCACCACCUUCUACUUUGACUUCACCGUGCCCUUCACGCCCCCAAACCACCCGCUGCUGCUGCUGCUCCUCGUAGUGCCGGGGCAGCAGUGGGUGGUGGCAGGGCAGGGCGAGGGGUGCAGCCGCUGCCUCACUAGGCAUCAGCUGCUCCCCCUUGCCCUCCCUCUGCCCUCCGCCCCUCCACCUCAUGCCUCCACCAACACCACCCUCCGUGCAUCCCCGCUGCCCGUGCACGAGGCACCUCCCUCCACACAGGGCACCAGGCAGCAGGGCACCAGGCAGCAGGGCACGGAGUGGAGGGGGGCCCUCAUGCAGUGGCAGUGCAGGUCGUGGGAGGCGGUGUGGGCAGCGCGGGGCAUGGUGGUGGUGGUGGAGCAUGAGUGGCUGGCGGACAGGGGCGGGUUGGCCAGGGGGUGGCGGCACGCGUGGAGGCAGCAGCAGCGGGGUGGGUGGUGCAGCAGUACCGCCGCUCCCACCACCAUGGCGCUCACUGCUGCCACACCACACACUGGGGGUGCUGCCAACAGCAGCAUGGCAGGAGCGGCCGAGCAAGGGCGGUGGUUUGGGUUGCCGGAGAGGUGGCGGGCGAUUGUGGUGUUGCGUGAUGCGAGGCAGGCAGGCGGGCUGAAGCAGCGCCAUGGCGUGGCAGCCGUGAUCAUCAAGCCAUCCGCCACGCCGCCCUCGCUGGCUGCUGGGGGAGGCCUGGGGAUGGACGCCGCCCCUGCUGCCCAUACCCCGGCCGCCAACCUGCCCCCGACCUGCACAUGCCUGCAAUCCGUGCUUCUCCCACACUUCCUGCUGCGCGUGCUGGCUGGACGAGGGGGGCGGGCAGGGGUGUGCGAUGAGAGUGAGGGCGGCGAGGAGGCCCCUCUUCUGCCGCUGAGUGCGUCCGUGGGUUCGUCACCGGCUGUGCCUGGGUGCUGCGUCCCACUGGCAGCACGCUCAGGCAUGCAGCACCGCAGCAGCAGCACCAGUGCUCUGGCAGCGCUGUGUGGGGCGGGCAGGGGCGCACACGGAGGAGAAGGGCUAGGGGCGGAGCAGGCACAUGUGAGGGAGGGCGGUGGUGGGGGCGAGGAGGCUAGUGCAAGGUCUGCACGUGAGGGGCGUGGGGGGAUGGCAGGGAAUGUGGUGGGUGAGCAUGUCCCAGCAGUGGCAGCAGAGGAUGCAGGAACCCAGUUGGCAGCAGGGGCCACAAGAGGAAAAAGAGACGUGGCUGGUGGCGGUGUGAUGAGCAGUGCAAGGCACAAGAGCGCUGCUGCUGCAGGGCUGUGCCAUGCUCUGGAAGGCUCCAAGUUCCUCGUGGUGGAUGACAAUAUGGUGAACCGCAAGGUGAUCAGCAAGAUGCUGCAGCGCUACGGUGUGCAUGUGGAAGCCGUGGAGGGGGGCGCACAGGCGCUGCAGCGCCUGCAGCAGCCACAUGAAUUCGUGGGGGUCUUCAUGGACGUGCAGAUGCCAGGCAUGAACGGCUUCCAGGCCACCAGGGCCAUUCGCAACAUGGAGGCCGCUCAAGGUGCUGCCUGCACGGCACCGCUGCCCACUGCUGCCACCGCACAGGAGAGCGUGCCUGCCACGCCAGUCGCACUAGCUGAUCCUCAUACGCAAGCACCACCGCCCCCUGGGGUGCCGUCGCCACUGCCAGCAGCAGCCACAGCACAGCGUGGCACUGUCGCUCCCCCCUCGCCGUCAUCCCCAUGCUCCGCCUCCUGCAUCGCCCUGCACGCCCCCUGGUCCGCCCUGCACCGCGGCAGCGCCUGCUGGUGUUUUGCCCCUCACGGCGGACAGUGGUGGGGGCACGCGGGAGCGGUGUGCAGUGGUGGGCAUGGACGGGUAAUGACCAAGCCAUCGAGGAGGACCAACUCGCCUCUGUUGUGCUGCCCUUCUUCCACCCGCCCUCCACCGCCCCUCACACACACCCGCCUCUUCCCUGCUGACCCAACUGCUUCCCCUCAUGACCACUGGAGGACCAUUGUAGCACAGACGUCCUCGGCCGCCGCUCACCCUGGUAGUGAGGGGUCUCCUGGUACAGCACCUCCAGGCCGGUGGCCACCGGCCACCUCUUUCACGCCCUACCGCCUGCAUCUCCUCUCCUUCCUCCUCCUCGGGAGCCUUCCCAAGCAGGCGCGUGUUGUCGCCCGUGGUGCCCCCGAGGCACUAUGUCUCGCGGUGACAUCGGUGGUGCUCCCUGGAGUGCAGGUGGGGACAUCACCAGAUGGUUCUCGGUCCCAUCCAGCUUGCUUGAGUGCCGCAAGUGACGGAACGCAGUCAAUGAUCACCUGCCUAGGGACUUGA